CAAAAAAAUAUAUCGCGGAAUAAAACAAAUAACAAACCGAGAAGGUAACUAAAAUUCCAGGAAAAACCUGGAAAGUUCUACAAGUUUUCCGCGACAAUCAAAUCUAGGGCUUUUCACUCCAUCAAUUCCCUUUUCCAAUCCAACAAAAUUCCCUCUUCUCAUCUGUGGAAUUAGGUUAAUGUCAAGUGGUUUUGGAGAAUCAAUGAGAUCAGAGACUACGCCGAAUCCAUCGUGUUCUUCGGGGAACAACAGUUCGAACAAUGAUGCUGGUGAUUUUGAAUGUAACAUUUGUUUUGAUUUGGCUCAGGAUCCAGUGAUCACACUUUGUGGUCAUUUGUUCUGUUGGCCAUGUCUUUACAGGUGGUUACAUCAUCAUUCUCAUUCUCAAGAAUGUCCUGUUUGCAAAGCACUUGUUGAAGAACAGAAAUUGGUUCCUCUUUAUGGUAGAGGAAAAUCGCAGACUGAUCCGAGGACUAAAUCGUAUCCUGGAAUGGAGAUUCCUCGUCGUCCUUCGGGACAGAGGCCACAGACGGCGAAUCCUCCUCCGGAGGCGAAUUACGCUGGGGUUGGAUUGAUGGGUGGUUUUAUUCCGAUGGCUACGGCUAGGUUUGGAAACUUUUCGCUUUCGACGGGUUUUGGUGGGUUUGGCGGGUUUCUUCCGUCGCUGUUCAAUAUUCACUUUCAUGGUUUUCAGGAUGGGACUGUUUAUGGGACAACGUCUGGUUAUCCCAUGGGGUUUAAUGGGUUUCAUGGUGGGAAUGCGAGAGGUUUUAAUUCGCAGGAGACGGGACAACAAGUGCAGCGGCAGGAGGAUAAUGUUUUGAAGAAUUUGCUUAUGUUGAUUGGAGUUCUUGUUCUUAUAACGGUUAUUUUUGUUAUGUGAUGUUGUUUUUUCGGUUGAACUUACGCUGCUUUUAGUUAGCUUUUGAUCUUUUAUGCUAAAUGGAAUGAUUUUGUUUUGUAAAUAUUUAGUUGGUUUCAACUUUCAAAAGGAGGUUGUAUGCUUGAGAAUGCUGCCUGUUUGGCGUUUUUGUAUCAACUGUAUUAUUAACUUAUGCGCUGAAUUUGAAUGUUGUGUGUUUGCUUCA